AUGCUUCUUCACUCUUUCCUUCCGGUCUCGGUGUUUCUGUCAUCACUGUCAGGCUUUGCUGCGGCAAACGACCGAACCGACUACCGGACUAGCAAUGCUAAAGGGUCACUCCAAGCUCGUGCUCCUACAGCCAACGGACUUGGUCAGAGAGGCAGCACCCUAUACCGAGCUUCCAUAACCCAGCCCACUUACAGUGGCUUCAGUCGUGACACCGCAUCAUGGCUCUCCGAGACAACAAUAAUGGGAUACGACAAGAAUGAUGUGAUUCAAAGGGCGAUAUCAACGUACAAGCAACCAAACGCCCGGUGGUACCUUUUUCACAUCGAUGCCAACGACCCAUUGCUGCAAUGGGGCCUUCAAAGCUUCCGAAAUCUAAACCAAGCUAGUUCGAGCCAACUUGCUUAUCGAGCUCCAAUGACUUUCUACCUUAUCAAAGGAUGGGAUUUAUAUUAUGGCAAGAACUUCCAUAGGCACACGGACAAUGACCAGUAUAAUCCGAACUGGUGGCUUGAACAUACGGCAAAAGACGUCGAGAUUUACAGACCUGGUACGCGAAAGCCUUCAUAUUACGCUCAGGCACACGGCUUCACACGUCAAACUGCAGCUCAGAACCCGAAUGACCCAGUACUGUGGGGGGCGGGCUACCGAGACAAGGACCAGAUGGUCAAGGUAAUGGGAGCCCUGAACAGCGAUCGACGGUGGUUCCUUUUCACUCUGAAAAGACACCAACCCCUUGUGUCGAGCUUUGCAAAAACUCCAUGCCUGCCUACCUGGCCGCGGGAAACCCUUGCGGCGGAGACCACGAUGUCUUUUGAUCUUGUCACCUCUUGGGAGGUGUACGAUGGUCAAAAUCUCAUCAAAGUCGUAGAGAAUACUCCGGAAAAUCUGAAGCUUUGGUAG